GUGCCCCGCGCGCCCCGCAGGCCGCUGCCCCUCCCGCCCCGCCCCGUCGCCGAGCGCGCUGCCAGCUUGCGCAAGGGGGUGGGGGGCGUUGGCCACCGUGUGUGUAGGAGCGGCCUGCGGCCCCAAUGAGGGGCUAGUGGUGGUGUGCUUGGCUCGGUUGCCCGGCCGUGCCCUUGAGCUGCAAUGGACUCGGCUCUGGAGGGUUCGGUGGCAGGUGUGACUGCGACGGUGGCCUUCGGCAGCACAGAGCCGGAAAUGCUCCAAGGACCAUCAGAAGAUGUAUUUCCAAAAAUGGAAAGUCCAGUUGAAGAGAUGGAUACCUCUGAUACCCAGUGGGGCUGGUUUUAUUUGGCUGAGUGCGGUAAAUGGCAUAUGUUUCAGACUGAUUCAAACAGUCAUUGCUCUAUUAGCAGUGAAGAUAUUGAAAGGAGUUUCCGAACAAACCCACAUGGUUCUCUGUCUUUUACGACUGCAAAGUUUAACUACAUGCUAGACUUUUCAGUGAUGAAACAAAUCAACCUGACUACCCUUAAGCAACGUCCAAUAAAGCGAGCUCCCUUUUCUAUCAAUUCAUUCAGUUUCAUCUGUGAAAAUGAGGCUAUCCCUAUGCCUUCGCACUGGGAGAAUGUAAAUACUGAGGAGCCAUACCAGCUUAUUCCAUUGCAAAAGAAAACAAAUGAAUAUAAUGAAGUUUCUAGUCUCUUUGGAAAAACAAUGGAUAGCCACCGAAUUAAAAGAAUUAAGAGAAUACAAAAUCUAGACUUGUGGGAGUUUUUUUGCAGGAAAAAAGCUCAACUGAAGAAGAAAAGGGGUGUCCCAACGAUUAAUGAGCAGAUGCUAUUUCAUGGCACCAGUAAUGAAUUUGUUGAAGCAAUAUGUAUUCAUAACUUUGACUGGAGAAUAAAUGGGAUGCAUGCUGCUGUAUAUGGAAAAGGGACCUACUUCGCCAGAGAUGCAUCAUAUUCCAGCCAUUUCUGCAAAGAGAGCAUGAAGCACGGAGAUACUUUCCAGAUUCAUGGCGUGAAUCUGCAGCCUCAUCUGCAUAGACCAGAUAAAGUCAUGUUUCUUGCUCGUGUAUUAACUGGUGACUAUAUUGGUGGGGAUUCAAAAUACAUAAGACCUCCUUCAAAAGAUGGAAGUUUUGUGAACUUGUAUGACAGCUGUGUGGAUAACACCUGGAACCCAAAGAUCUUUGUCAUCUUCGAUGCCAACCAAAUCUACCCUGAGUACUUAAUAGAAUUUUGUUAAGUUUGAACUGAGUAUUGUUUGUGUCUUUUUGAUACUUUUGUUUCUUUCAUAAAGACAACAACAUGAAAACAUGAAGCAUUAAAGGAGAGAGGUGAAAGAAAAGGUGGGAUACAUUUAUGGAGGAGGCAAGCUAUUAAGUACAUAAGAGAGAUUGGUGAACUUUUUUUAAAAAUAUGUAAACUUUAUUCGUGCAUUUUUCAAAUGUAGAGACUCUUAGAAAUUUGAGAUUGCUUAGUGAUCCCUAAAUACAUUGGUUGUUGGGAAGUUUUCAAAGGCAAGAUUUUACAUUCUGAUUUUUUAAAAAUAUGUUAAAAUUAUUAAUGUGGUAGAAAUAUGCCUCUAAUAUAGUAUGCAUAUGAUGAAACUAAUCUUUUAUAAAGAUUGUCUAUAAAACAUAAAGUAACAACAGCAAAACCCCAGGGGACUUGACUACAUAUGUGUGUUUGUCUGUGUUCUGUAUACACGUUGCUUUGUGUUUGGAGGUCUCUUAGUUUGUAUUCUAAACGUAUUAAAAAAAUAAAUUUAUAGUACAUCCAUCAGUUUUCUCCAGAUAAAGUUCAACAAAGAUGUUAGGUUUAACUUUAGGUACAUUUUACUGUAAGCUUCAAUUAUAUACUUGCAAAAUUACGAACUUUGAUUUUGACAGAAUGGAGGCCAGUAAAUUCUUGUGGUUGUUAAUUGUUUUGUAUGCAACUGCUGAGCUCACUGUUGGGAUACCAGCAGUGCCAUACACCUUUCUGAGUUCUUAUUCUAUGGAAUUUUUUCCAUCUUGUUACAGUAUUUAUGUGCUGCUGUGGUUCCUGUCUGGUUGGAGUUUAAGAAGCAUUCAGUGCUCAUGUACUUACUGUUACUGAAGACAAUGUUUAGAUUAACUUUACUGGAAAUAAUACAGUUAAACUAACAAUGAAAAUUUCAAAAGAUGUCAUCCUUUAAACACUUUAAUAGAAAGCUUUCCAUAACAGUUGUGUUGGCCAGGUUUUCAUAGCUGGUAUAGUUAAAGAGUAUUUUUCACAUGUAGAAAGAGCCAAAGAGACAAUAUUUGGGUAAAAAACAAACUUGAGUACCUAAAAGCAUGAAGAACCCGAAGAAGGGGCUGUUGCAUUGAAAUGCACUUACCUGUUAAACGAUUUGCUAUGAAAUUGUGUCCCUUGUGUUCUUUGUUAAAGGACCUUACUAGCACUAAUGAACAAAGCUGAAGCCUUUUGAGGCUUUUUCUUUUGCGAUGACCAGUAACAAUUCCCUGUAGAAAUAGUAUGUAUUUGUGGCAGAUACAGAAUGAUCUGUAUUGGUCUAUUAUAGAAUUGUUAAUUGACAUAUUGGAUCGAAGGCUCCGUUUAAAAUCUAUUGUAUUUAAAAGGCACUGCAACUUCUGGGAUGACCACGUCUGCUCAAAGUCAUAUUAAACCGAUGGAACUGGAAGCAGAAUAUGACUACAUAUCUGGCAUCAUAAUUGAUGACACAAAUAUCUCCUUAGUGCUGUUACUGAUGCCUGUCAGUAGAUCUUACACAAGUUUUGUGUCUGUUUGUAUCUGUAAUUUCAUGGCAAGUUUUCCUUUUGCUUCUGUCCCUAAACCAUUUAGGGCUAAAAUGCAUUUUCCUUUAUUUUAGGAAGUAUGAUUUCUGAUCCCAGUUGGGAACUCUAGGUUCUACUGUUGUAGGUAUGACUUGUGUUUGAUUCACUACUACACUAGCUGUGCAAAAGGCACUUUGUUCCCCACACUGUAUAAAAUAAUAGCAGAUCACACAGGGAAUUUGUGAAUUACUGAGUCCUUUGUAUUCUGAUACAGUAUUCUACAGAGCAUACAUUUUGUGAAACUAAAAAA